CUUCCUGAACAACAAAAUGAACAAAGCUCGAUCCGCGCCCGCCGCCGCCCUUCUUCUGCUGGCCAUCUGCGCCGCGAAUGCUGACCUGGAAGGCCGCAUUGUGGGUGGCGUGGACACCUCCAAUUACUUUGCCAAAUAUGUGGUACAGCUGCGCAGACGCAGCUCCACCAGCAGCGCCUAUGCGCAGACCUGCGGCGGAAGCGUUCUGGACAGUCGGACGAUUGUGACCGCUGCCCAUUGUGUAUACAACCGAGAGGCGGAGAACUUCCUGGUGGUGGCCGGGACCGAUAACCGGGCUGGAAUGCAUGCCCUGGUGGUGCGCGUGGAGCAGCUGAUCCCUCACGAGAACUACAAUGCCACCACAACGGAUAACGACAUCGCUCUGGUGAUCGUCUCGCCACCGCUGCCCCUGACGGACGCCAGCAGUAUUGGAGCGAUUGAGGCAGCCACAGAGCAGCCGCCAGUGGGCGCAGUGGCCACUGUCAGCGGAUGGGGCUACACCCAGGAGAGCGGCCUGUCGUCCAAUAAGCUGCAGCAGGUCCAGGUACCGCUCGUGGACAGCGUCCAAUGCCAGGAUACUUACUACUGGCGACCCAUCAGCGAGGCCAUGCUCUGUGCAGGACUGCCAGAGGGUGGCAAGGAUGCCUGCCAGGGCGACUCCGGCGGACCGCUGGUCGUCAACAAUCAGCUCUUCGGCAUCGUGUCCUGGGGCGAGGGCUGUGCCUGUCCCAAUACUCCCGGUGUCUAUGCGAAUGUGGCCCAUUUCAAGAACUGGAUCGCCCAGCAACGGGCCACUUAUGCAUAGGUUAACAUGCAAGGGGUGCGACAUGCGACCUCUGCUCCUAUAUGAUACUCGUACUAAAAUAUUUAAAUAAAUAAAAGUGUAAUUUAACU